GUUUCCAAGGCCUAUAGCUAGCCUAUAAAUAGGCCGUCACAUGCAAAUGGAAGCACUAGUCUAGUCUACAUCAAAAAUUCCAGAGGGCCUUUGUAACACCAGGAAACAUACAGAAAAAACCGCAAAAGCCAAGGCAGCCAACUCAGCGGUAGAAAUUCAACCCCGUCUGGAAACCCAAGAGACGUGUCAGACAAAAAUGUCUCACCGUCAAUCCUUCGUUUUCAUUCCUUUCUAUUUUUCCUUUUCGCCACCGGACCCCACCCUCAUUAAACCUAAUCAUAAUCUUUACCCCUCUAAACCAAAAUUACUUAAUUAAUUAAUUAAAUUAAUCCCCAAUUAAUUAACAAAAACAACAACGCUCCCACUUUCUCUGCUCACUACACUACGCGCGCUGCGCACCCUUCUCCUUUUCUUCUUCUUCUUUAAAACCCCCUCGAAACAAAAGGAAACAUCCCUUGCCAUUUUUCAAUUUUAAUUUACUUUCGCUUUUCCUUUUUUUUUUGCAAAAUAAAUCUUAGAUCUCUGUCAAUGGUGAAGAGGGGAUCUGUGGUUCUGAUUUUGGCGGCGUUUCUGGCGGCUGCCGCCGUCGACCUGGCGGCGGUGGUUACGUACUCGUCGAGGCUCAUUCAUAGGUUUUCCGAUGAGGCGAAGUUGCUUAGAGUUCCAAGAAACGGCGGCGGAGUUUGGUGGCCGGAGAGGAAGAGCUUGGAGUACUAUGAGUUGCUGGCAAACAGCGAUUUUCAGCGGCAGAAUAUGAAGCUUGGACCUAAAUACAAUCUCGUUUUCCCUUCUCAAGGGAGUAAAACGAUGUCGUUUGGCAAUGACUUCGGAUGGUUGCACUACACCUGGAUUGAUAUUGGAACACCCAAUGUUUCAUUUCUCGUUGCAUUGGAUGUGGGAAGUGAUCUACUUUGGGUUCCAUGCGAUUGUGUGCAAUGUGCUCCACUGUCUGCCACUUACUAUAGUAGUCUGGAUAGAGAUCUGAACGAGUACAGACCAUCUGGUUCAAGCUCUAGCAGGCACAUACCAUGCAGCCAUUGGUUAUGUGAAUCAAGUCCGAACUGCAAAAGUUCAAAGCAGCAAUGUCCAUACACUAUUGACUACUACACAGAAAAUACUUCAAGUUCUGGAUUGCUUGUUGAGGAUACAUUACAUCUUGCAUCAACCGGUGAUCAUACAUUGAACACUUCUGUGCAGGCUGCAGUCAUUAUAGGAUGUGGUAUGAAGCAAAGUGGUGGUUACUUGGAUGGGGUUGCUCCUGAUGGUUUGAUGGGUUUGGGACCUGGAGAAAUUUCUGUUCCAAGUUUCCUUGCAAAAGCAGGAUUGAUCCGCAACUCUUUCUCCAUGUGCUUUGAUGAGGAAGAUUCUGGUAGAAUUUAUUUUGGGGAUAAGGGACCCACCACUCAACAAUCUACUCAAUUCCUGCCUUCGGAUGGGAAAUAUGUGACCUACAUUGUCGGGGUGGAGGCCUGUUGUAUCGGUAAUUCUUGUCUUAAACAAACAGGCUUUAGUGCAGUGGUUGAUAGUGGAACAUCUUUUGCAUUUCUUCCUAAUGAAGUAUAUGAGAGAAUAGCUAAGGAGUUUGACAGACAAGUCAAUGCUACAAUCACGGGCUAUCCAGGUUAUCCCUGGAAAUAUUGCUACAAGUCCAGUUCACAGGCGUUGCCCAAGGUUCCCAACUUGAAGCUCAUGUUCCCUUUAAACAACAGCUUUGUGGUCUAUAAUCCAGUUUUUGUGGUCUAUGGCAUUCAGGGAGUCUCUGGGUUCUGUUUGGCCAUACAGCCAGUGGAGGGUGAUGUUGCGACAAUUGGACAGAAUUUCAUGACCGGAUACCGGAUGGUGUUUGAUAGGGAAAAUAUGAAGUUAGGUUGGUCACCCUCAAAUUGCCAAGAUUUAGCUGCUGAUGGUAAAAGAAUGUCCCUUUCUCCUAACGGGACACCAUUGAAUCCAUUGCCAACCAAUGAGCAGCAAAGCACCCCUGGUGGACGAGCAGUCGCUCCUGCCCAGGCCGGUAAGGCUCCCUCCAAACCCUCAGCCGCCCCAACCCACCUAGUAUCAUCGAAGUUUUGUUAUUCAAAAUUGCUUCCGCUGCUGGUUCUUUUGCAUGCUCUUGUUUCAUCGUUUCCACUAGAUACUGGCACCACCCACAGUUGAAUAUCAUUCUCACUUACCACACGUGUACAUCCAUCUUUUCUUUCUAUUUUUCGUCUCUUUUUUACUAUCCUAAUAUUUCCUUUUUUAUUUCCCUCUGUAUAAAGUAUAAAUAUUUGGAGCAGUCUGGUGGUCUGAUGCCAUCAAUUUUUUCCCCCAUGAUGGCCAUUAGAUUGAACAGAUGGGCAUAUGUAUUAAAAAUUGCACAACCUAAACUAAAUCCCAAGUAAUUUUCAUUGAUAAAGCCAUAGCUAACAUUUUUUAAUUUAGAAGAAGGUCCAAAAAACAGCUGUUGUCUGGGAAUCUGAUGAAACAACAGUCAAACUAAUAAUUGUGCGGUCGGUAAAUUUUGCUUAUGUGGUUCUGUUUUAAUUCUUGAAACAAUCAUUCUCUGAUGUUAACAGCCACCAAAUUCAAUUAUAUAUGGGUUUGCAAAAACACAAAUGCCAGUCUGAAUACAUGGUUUUGGAUAUCAAAAGAUGAAGUAAUCUUUUUUCAUUCUAUAAAUUCUAUUUCUACUUUCAGAUUUGAUCUUGAGCUUUCAAAGUUGAAGUUAUGUUUUCGGUGAUAUGAUCAGAUUGAUGUACAAAUUUUUUUAAAGCUUAAAAACCUUACAAUCAUACCACAUCAUCACUAGCCCAACAGAAAAAAAAGGUUAUGAUACUGGUGCUGCUACUGGUGUGUAUUUUCAACUGUCCUUUUUUUUGUCGUACACGUUCCUUUCCAGGGCCAAAAAAGAGAAGCCCAUAUUCACU